CCAAGGUUGAGAAAUGCUGGGUUAGAAAGUGGGGAGAAUAGGAAGCAGGGUGAGACUCUGAGGACCAUGCUCUCUGCUCCCAUUAACAGUCAAAAUACAAUCUACACCCUUACCUUGCAGGAAGGUGAUGUCUUGAAAGGAAGAAACUGCAAGGUUGACCAGGAAUAAGAAGCCAGGAUGAGGAAGAUCACUUCAUUACGCAGUAAUUCCACAGAUCUUCUCCCACUGCAUGUUCACUGAAGGCCUCCCAGCCAUGGAGGACAAGCGCAACAUCCAGAUCAUUGAGUGGGAGCACCUGGACAAGAAGAAGUUCUACGUCUUUGGGGUGUGCAUGACCAUGAUGAUCCGCAUCAGCGUGUACCCUUUCACGCUCAUACGGACGCGGCUGCAGGUCCAGAGGGGGAAGAGUCUCUACAACGGGACCUUUGACGCCUUUGUCAAGAUCCUGCGGGCAGAAGGGGCGGCGGGGCUCUAUCGGGGCUUCCUGGUCAACACGUUCACCCUCAUCUCCGGGCAGUGCUACGUGACGACCUACGAGCUCACCCGCAAGUACGUCUCACAGUACAGCCACAGCAACACCAUCAAGUCCCUGGUGGCCGGCGGCUCGGCCUCCCUCGUCGCCCAGAGCAUCACGGUGCCCAUCGACGUGGUCUCCCAGCACCUGAUGAUGCAGCGGCUGGGCGAGAGCAUGGGCCGCUUCCGAGUGCAGGCCCACGAAGGCAAGCGGUUCCCCGUCUUCGGCCAGACGCGAGACAUCAUCACGCAGAUCUUCAAGGCCGACGGGCUGAGGGGCUUCUACCGGGGCUACGUGGCCUCCCUCCUUACGUACAUUCCCAACAGCGCCGCCUGGUGGCCCUUCUACCACUUCUAUGCAGAACAGCUUUCCAGCCUGACCCCCAAGGACUGCCCCCACCUGCUCCUCCAAGCCAUCUCCGGGCCGAUGGCGGCUGCCACUGCCUCCACCCUCACCAACCCUAUGGACGUCAUCCGGGCUCGAGUGCAGGUGGGUGGCAAGAGUUCCAUCAUCCUGACCUUCAAGCAGUUGAUAGCUGAAGAGGGCCCGUGGGGCCUAACGAAAGGCCUUUCUGCUCGCAUCAUCUCGGCCACCCCCUCCACCAUCGUCAUCGUGGUCGGGUACGAGACACUGAAGAAACUGAGCUUGCGCCCAGAGCUGGUGGACUCCCGACAUUGGUAGGGAAACGGGGAGAGACUUUUGUUUCUGGAAUCUCUUGGACCAUCGGCAUGGUUGAGAAGUCACCAAAACCCAGGAACGUUUUCUGGCAAGGCAUUACUGGAGGAUACAUGCGAAUGAUUCUGCUUCCAAACAACCGUCCUGACCCGGUAUUAAUCUAGUCCCAUAGUGGGAUGGCUGCGUGUCGCGAGGAAGGACUUCCUGUGAGUCAAAGCUGGCAUGUCUCCUAGUCCCCCUUUUAAUUUUUACUUUUAAGAAAGAUGUCAGUUGACGCAAAGUGGUAUUUUCCUCCCCCAAAUAAGAUUUGGAUUUUUCUUAUUUUGCCAGAAUUCCUACAUGGGGAGGAUAAUUUUGCUCACAUUCUGCUGCUUGGAGGUAGCGCCGGGCACCGCUACACACACACACACUGGAUCACAGUAAUGCAGUCCAGAAAACCCUUAGCCUUCUGAUGCUUCUGAAAGUUUUUUUUUUAAGCUGAACGUCUCAGGGGAGGAGGGAACGUACCAAACACCAGGAGUUAUUUUUAUAGCCUCUGCUUUCACAAUUUGAUGUGAUCUGUACAUAGAGAUUUCUUCUUAUUUUGUAUGAGCUUGGAAGCUGUCUUUCCAAUCUUCCUUACCUGAAGAGUAGGAUCUUUGUUCAUAUGUUUCUAACGUGUCAGCGGUGAUUUAAGGGAAGUCCCCUUCGAGUCUGCACAGUUGUGGUGCCCAGCUGCAUUUGUGUGUGCGUGAUCUUCUGGGCAGGGGAAUUAAAGCCUGCCCGAGGAGAGAGGCACACUUUAUUUCAUGGACUUCACAAAUGUGAGCGUACACAGAAGUAAUCAGAUCCCUGCUGUAAUAGUCUCCUCCUCACCUUGUAUGCACAAAGAAACGUGAUUGUUGUUCAUUGGAGGGGCUUCGUUUGAAAGGCAGGGCUGAAAAACUUGGCUGAAAAAUCUAGUAUAAUGCUUUUUUUGAUCUCUGUAUAAGUAUGACUGUCUGAAUCACUGAAUGAGUAUUUCAUUAAUGUGCAGGGCAGGAGGCUGGAAGGAAGGAACUGGUCAGUUUUUGUUGGGAAGAGAAAGAGGUCAUUUGAACCCUAAUUCUGAUGUAGGAGCCAGUUCUGCCUUGGACCAGGCCAGUUCAGGGUCCCGAUUCCAGCCUAAACUUGUUCAACGGAUGGGAAAGUGGGAGGCAGCCUUUUCCGGGGUUUGGCAUUUUUCGACUUUGUCCUCCUGUCUUGUCACCGUUUUUCUACUGCGACUCUGGGGCUGAUUUUGCGUAUUCUUCCCUGAGCCCCAAGCGCUUCUGUAAACCUUAGAAGACAGAGGCUGCAACAAUAGGCUGGUGAGUAAAUUCACUUGCUUUAAAAUGGAGUAUUUGGUGGUGGUGAUGGGGCAGGGCAGGAGGGCUUGGAAGCAAUACUGGUGAGGUAUUAUUCUCUGCCCUUUGGGGGAGCUUUUCUUCAGCAAGCGGUAUUAACGUCGAUCAGCGUUUACUUCUGCCCUGGUCGGGGGCUGCAAUCAGACCUCCAAAUCCUUAAACCUGGGCAACUUUAAAAUGCCCAGGGAAUGCUGGGAGUUGAAGUCUGCAUACCUUAAAGUUGCCCAGGUUGGGAAACUCUGCCCUAAACGGUCCUUCUAGGUAGACAAAACAUAUAUUGUGGAGCACAUAUCCAGCACGCCAAAGCUACUUCCAGGCCACUCCACCCAAGAUGUCUUACGGAAGCUGCCCCCUCCCCAAAUUGAAGCAGGUACCUUUGGCUCUCUUUCACCUAAAGCAGUGUUUCUCAGCCUCAGCAACUUUAAGAUGUGUGGACUUCAACCCCCAGCUGGCUGGGGAAUUCUGGGAGUUGAAGUCCAUGCAUCUCAAAGUUGCGAAGGUUGAAAACACUGACCCAAAGGAUGGUGGGAGGUAAGUCCUAGAGAGAGAGACUGUUGGCAGUUUCACCUAUUGUGUAGGACUAGGGAAUUGGGUGUGGGGGUAAAUGCUCCUUGAAGUACACCCCUCACAGGCCCCAACUCAGCCCUCAGUUGAAGCAAACUUGGACCUGCACAUUUUUCAGUCCUUACUUGCUUUGCCCAGCCUAGAUUUCUUCUGGAUCUCUAAGAUUUAUCUGCAUUAGUUUAUUUUCAAUGGAAAAACAGUUCUCCAUAUGUGCCCCAUCUGCAGUGUGAAUGGUGCAGCUCAGGUAUGUGGUUCCAGCUCAGCCUUGGUGACAGCGUCUGGGCUGGUGAUGGCCUUUGGUGGCUGCGGGUGGGUGGUGUUCUGGGAGGGCAAAGGAGAUCCCCACCCUCCACUGAGGACCUCGCAAUUCUCCUACCACGCAGUUGCACCAUAGUCAGGAACUCCUGGGAGCAAGACCAAGCCACCCGUCUUCAAGUAAAUUGGGUUGAAUGUAAAGUGAAAAAAAACGAAAGCAGAAAACUCGGUUGAGCUGUUGAAAAAGAAUCUCUCUGGUGUUACGGGCUGGACUUUUAAAAAUUCUGUUUUGCUGAAAACAAGAUUGUGAGCUGAGGAAGCACGGGCUGCCUGUAGGGUUGACCUAGAAGGCUCCCUGCAAAACAAAAUGGCCAAAGCAGCUUGGGAGAACCGGUGGAGGGGGUGGGUUAGCUGCCUGGCCCCCCUUGAAGCCCUGUUGUGAAUGGUGGUGAAAACGCUUGUCACCUUAGUAAGGGAGAUUGUGGAACGCCACCUAUCCUGCCUCCUGGCUAAAUAGCCUGCAAAGGGUUAACCUGUACAUCUGAUUCUAUUCCAAGCAUAGCUUUUAAUCACUGAACUUCUGAGCGGAGACCUCAUUCCAUUCUUUAUCUAGACAUAACCUUCUUUCUCUUAUGCAACGGUACUCUGAAUUAAUAGGUUUCUGGUGCAAGUUAUUGAGAAUCUUUAGGGGGCUGAACCGUUCCCAGGGAGCUGCAAUUACUACCUGAACAAACGCCACAGAGAUGCAUUUUGAGAAUGGGGGGGUGGGGGGUGGACAGGGGAAUCGGGCCAAUAGGAAGCCUUCAGCAGCCACCUAAAAUAAGGGUUCUUCGGUGGUCCAGAUGAGAGUUAAUUCCAAGGGGUCUCUAAUUUUGGUGCCUGCCGUUUCAAUAUGGAGUUUUGAAUGUAUUUGUGUACAUUAAAGCUGGUUUCAAUUUUGCACUGUAAGAAGUCUUUAAAGUCUAAUUAAAGUUUUUAUUAUUUAUUUGA